ACUUCUCUCAGGUAUACUGAGAAUCUCAUCAUCAAAUUAUAGAAGCCAUCAAAAUGCAGGCAUCUCUCUGCUUUACACCGUCCGUCCCAACUCUGCCACCUACCAGGACCACUGCUGCUACAACUUGGAGAUCUCCUGCAAAGCUAGGGCAAGGUCUUGUUUCCCGAUGUCCACCGAUCAAAGCAACUGCAGUGGCCUACGAAGUUUCUACGGUUGAUUACAGUUCCAUGACCUCAGUGUUUCCCGCAGAAGCCUGUGAAACAAUUGGUGGAGAAGCCUGUGACGUAGAAAUGUAUCCGGAAGUGAAACUCAAGCCGGAGGCCAGAAGCGGCGCAGCGAGGAUAAUCUCAGAGUUGAUCGAUAGGGAGUAUCUCGAGUAUAACGAUAAUGCAAAGACGGUGUUUCCAGGAGAAGCUUGUGACGAUCUUGGAGGAGAAUUCUGUGAGGCAGACUAUCAAAAGGGGGUUUACUAGGGGAAGUCUAAUCGAAAGAUAAAACAUGAGGAUCGAUCUCUCUCGUAGACUUUUGCUUCUGUUUGUAAAUGCUUAAUAUAUGUGGUUUAAUACUAAAUCAUCGCAGUUUAAGCCUUUAUGUGAUGAAAGUUAUAUA